AUGCAUAAGUAACCUCUCAAAUUUAUAUAAACUCCAUCCACAUAAUAAUGUGUGACUAGAACUCCUGAAAAAGUACUUAAUACAUCCCCAUACAGAGGAUACAGUGUAAAAUAGAUUGGUUUAUUAUUGAUUAGUAUAGUGACAAAUAGUCAAUGACACCAAUCAAAUAAAACAUAGGAUACCCUUAAGUUUAAUAAACAAUAAAUUAAAAUUAUUAGCCUUAAUAUCCUUAUUAUGAAAAUGCAGUUCCCUUUAUAUAAGAAUCAAAAGAACAAUUACUAUAAAGGAUUGAUAAUAUGGAUAAAAAUAUGAGAGUGAUUAAUUAAAAAUAUGAACAAUUAAAAGAAGAAUUAGAAAAAGAAAGAAGCAGAACAUUUGAUAUUGAUUAAUAAUACUCUUAAUUAUUUUAAAGAUAUUAAGAGUAAAUAUUGUUAUAUUAUAAAGACUAGUUAAGAGAAGGAAUUAAAAAAGCAAGAAUAAAUUGUUAAAUCUAUUGAAAAUAUGUACAAAUAAGCAUAAAGAGAUAUUUAAGAAUAUUAAACAGUCCAGGAGAAGUUCUAAAAAUUGUUGAAAUAAAAAGAAAAAGAAAUUAAUGAUUUUAAAUUAAAGUUGGUAGAAGAAAAGAAUCUAAGAGUUAAUGAGAAUGAAAGAUUGGUUUAAGAAUUCACUUUAACUUAUAAAGAUUUAUGUUUAUUGAAUAAUUAACUGAUUGAAGAAAAUAAUUAACUGAAGACAAUAAUCUUGGACCCUGAUAAUUAAUAAUAUUCAUUAUCUUCUAAAAAAUAAUCAGAAUAGAAUUUUCAAACAAAUACUGAUGUCUUAGAUGAUCCAGAAUUAAAAUAAAUUGUCUAAUAAUACCUUAAAAAUGAUGAUGAUUAAUAAUAUUUAAAUUUGAUACCAAAGAAAUAACUUAGAACAGCUAUUACUAUGAUAAAAGAGAUAUUAUAAUCCAUUACUUCAAAGAAACUAGGGGCAAUUAAAUCUUCAUAAUUUCAACAGCCUAAGUAAAUUAAUGAAGAGAUUGAAACAAAUUUAUAGUAAGCAAGAAAGUAGAAAGAAUUCCUUAUAAAAGAGAUAAAACAAAAAAUGGAUAAGAUCAUUAAAUCAAAAGUAAAUAAUUCUUAAUAUGCAAUAAGGAAUUUAAUAUGAUGGAAUUCAAUGAACUAUAAAGAGAGAUUGAUGAACUUAAAAAGGAAGUAAGUAGUGUAGAGAAUUUGAUUCAAUAAAUGGAAUAAUCAUUAAUUUAGAAUCCACAUCGAAAUAGUUGUGUUUCAUUUGAUAAUGAAGAAUUUAAAUGA